AUGACAAACGACACCGAGCCUCUUGCUACUAGCAGGGUUUCCUCCAUGCCUUUAUCUGAUUCUACACCUGUUUCUCGUACUUCCUUUCACCCCGAUGAUUAUACGCAUCCCUGUCAUCCCCUAUAUGUUCACCCCUCUGAUGUGUUAGGUUCAUCUUUAGUACCAGUUCCCUUCGAUGGCAAUGGGUAUAGUAAUUGGCGAAGAACCAUCUUAGUUGCCUUGUUUGUACGCAAUAAGCUUGACUUUAUCAAGAAUAUCUCUGAUAGACCACCUGAGACUUCACCCUUGGCAAGACAGUGGCAACGUUGCAAUGACUUAGUGGUCUCGUGGCUAAUAAAUUUUCUUCAGAAGGACAUAGCCCGUAGUGUAGAAUACUCAGAAUUGGCUAAAGAUAUUUGGGGUGAACUAGAGGAAAAAUAUGGUCAAGCAAAUGGCGGUAGAGUUUUUGAACUUAAGAAGGAAUUAUCCCACAUUUCCCAGGGUCCUUUAGACAUAGCAUCCUACUUCAAUAAAAUCAAACAGCUAUGGGAUGAGAUUGGUUCUAUUUCCAUCAGUCACUGUUCUUGUGGGGGUAGCAAGAAGAGUGAUGAUGAACAAAAGGUUUACCAAUUCCUCAUGGGUCUUAAUGACACAUACAUUCAAGUUAGGAGCAACAUACUAAUGAUGAAACCUCUUCCAACUGUAAGUACUGUAUACAGCAUCCUUCUGGCUGAUGAGAAGCAGAGACACAUAUCUAGUACUUCUCAGUUUUCAUCAAGUUCUGCUUCUUUCCAUGCUGGUACACCUACCUUUACAAAUUACCCUGGUUCAUCAUCCUCUUACCCUGGACCAUCCAGGCCACAUUUCCCUUCCAAAGUAAACUUUGACUCUCAGAAAUCCUCUCUCAUAUGCAAGUACUACAAGAGGCCUGGACAUAGCAUUGAUAAGUGCUAUAGGCUUCAUGGUUUCCCUCCUAAUUUCGAAUUCACUAAGACCAAUGGUCCUAGAAAGUCAGCUGCUCAUGUUGAACUUGACACUUCUCAUGAUAAUUCUGGGGGAUCUGGUUGUUCUGCUGGUCUUGGAGGAUCAAACCAGGCUCCUGUAUUGCCUGGUCUCACCCAGGAACAACAUUCUCAGCUACUGUCCCUGCAGCAGUAG